CGAAAGUGUAGCGCAUCGAAUUCAUCAGCUAACAUCAGCCAAACCACAGUUGGCAGCCUUUGAACAAUUUUCAGCAUGCUCGUCUCGACUUCAGUCCUCCUGUCACUGGUGGUAUCUGUCCUAGCCCGACCCCAAGAUGGGGCACCAGCAGCUGCAGCCGGGUCCAAAAAGAAUGUCUAUCUCUCGAGCUGCACCUCUCGUAGUCUCCUCGACACUGACACGGCCUCCGCCGCGGUAUACUACGACGGUCCCGCCAGCUCUCGCACAUCGCCCAAGGACAUUGGCGUAGUGUCUGAGCCCGCACGGAAAUGGGAAGGUGUCUCAAGAAGAACUACCUUGGAUGGUGGGAGGUUUACGAGCAGCAUUGCGGCUGGCGCUGAAAGUCUACCGAAGAGUCAGAUAGCUGGCACUGCGACCCUAGGCACUGAAUCCUUCGUAUGUUUUGUGGAUGGAUCAUCGACAUUCAGGUUCAGAGAAGGCCUCCUUGGUCUGCGCGAAACAAACUGCAAGGCAGAUUAUUGGUGUGCUAGUACCAACGUCGGUCAAUAGGUUGCCACUGGGUAUGGAUUCCGAGAGACGAUUUGGUCGGUUCUUGUAUUCAAUACAUUGAGGCUCAUGGGACGAUGUUUUGUGAUUUGUAACCUUCCAAAGUAAUGCAAAAUAUACAAAUACAUUGCGUAGCAGAU